AUGGGCGGCGGACUCUCAACAACCCGCUCCGCUCCCGCCAGCCCCCCGCGGCACUACUCCCGCGCGGACGGCUCCCACGAUGAGAACGUCGGCAUCAUCUCCCGCGGUCCGGACCGCAACUACCAGAGCAUGAACUCGGCGCCGCCUUCCGCCGUCACCACUACGGCAACGGCCCCGGAGCUGGCCGGCACACGGCCGCGCAAGUCGGUCCAAUCGACGAGGAACUCCCUGCCGGCGCAGACUGAGGAGGAAGGAGAGGACGAAGACUACGAUGCCGUGGUUGCGCGGGAGGAACGGGAGAGAGAAGCGCAGAGGAAGGAACCCUGGUACACGAUCCUGCUGUCUAGCUUUCAGAGCAUUGAGCUGGAGAACAAGGGCAGCGUGGCCCGCGAUCACCUGGCGCUCGAACGAACAUUCCUCGCAUGGCUCCGCACAUCUCUCGCCUUCGCCUCGAUAGGCAUCGCCGUAACGCAGCUCUUCCGCCUCAACUCGUCCCUCUCGACGCCGGGGACCGAGGACCCGAACAGCCACACCCUCCGGCAGCUGGGCAAGCCGCUCGGCGCGACGUUUCUCGGCAUCAGCAUCCUCAUCCUGUUCCUGGGCUACCAGCGCUAUUUCCGCGCGCAGCAGUGGGUUAUGAAGGGCAAGUUCCCCGCGAGCCGCGGGACCAUUAUCGUCGUGUCCAUGGUGGCGUUUGCGUUAAUGGCUGUGAGUUUGGUUGUGGUUGUGGUUGUGAGUCCUACGAGUAGGGAGCGGUAA